CGAUUGUCCUGCUUCACACAGUAUAUAUAUCAGCGCGAGCUUACUCGUCUCCCGAUACUACAGUCCCCCUUAUCCACUCUAAGCGCAACCGCUGAAAUCAAGGCAAUGGCGGAUGGUUCUAUCAAGCACCGCGUUCUCAUCACCGGCUUCGGCCCUUUCCACACGAUUGUGAACAAUCCGUCUUGGCUCGCGGUGCAGACGCUCCACGACCUCGUCAUCAACACCACCCCUCCACGCGGGCAGCCUCCGAAGGGCGGCAAACCGGAACUUGUCCACAUCACCUCUCUCUAUAUGCCGGUCGUCUACUCCGCCGUCCUGCGCACCGUCCCGGGGCUGCACGCCGCGCCCCCGGUGCUCCCGGCCUCCGAUCUCCCCCCAGAGGGGACAUCGCUCGCCCCGCCAGAAGAUGGCUACUCUCUCAUCGUGCACGUGGGCGUGGCAGGACCAGGCAUCCUGCGCGCCGAGCGCCUGGGGCAUAAAUCGGGCUACCGCUCGCCCGACCACGAGGGUGCGUUCGCGCCGGAGAUCGGGCUAGGCAGGCGCGGGUUCGGCGGGGCGAGGUACGGCGUGGAGUUCGCGGACGAGCUGCGGACGGCGGUGGACGUGGAUGGCCUCACGGCGCAUUUGACGACGGAUGCUGAUCCGUUGGAGAUCGUGACUUCCAAUGACGCAGGUCGUUUUUUAUGCGACUUCAUCUACUACUGCUCGCUCGCCGAGUCCCAAAGAGCGGGUCGCAAGACCCCGGUGCUCUUCAUUCAUUGUCCUCCGGUCGACGAGAGUCUCUCUACUGAACGAGUAGCCGGAGGACUAGUGCGUAUCAUCUCCUACAUCUGCGGCCAACUGUGAAAGUGUCCGUUCCGGGCCGGACAUGAAGUCAUUAUUACUGCAUUGUAUCACCUCUCCGUUCUCGGAUUCAUGAUUUCAUCGGAAAACGGGCUCUUUGCCCGGAGAUUGGGUCCGAAUCUGACGAGAAUCUGCCAAAGCGAGGCUCGUCAAUAGACCGGAGAUAGAAAACGCAACUCACGAAUGGGAUCGGAAUCAAUAACACAGCCAUUCCAGCGAAGAACAGGUUGCAUGAACGAAACGACCACGCCUGGAACAUCUUGUUAAUGAAUAGAGGAAAACCGGCGCCUGCGAUGUUUCCUGAAGCAGGUCGAUCCUCGAUUGAUUUGUGAGAUCGGAAAGUAUCUCACUCAGAAGCGACUGCGUUGCCAAAGCGGAUGAUGCGUAUGGGCCAUAGCUAUUUUAGACUUGUUCGAGAACGGCAACAACAGACGUAAUAAAAAUGUGCUCACCAGUCUGUCAAAUAUGCAAAGAC